ACAAUGACUAUUCGUUAAACCCAAGUAAUUUUUUUUUCUCUACCAGCGUUAAUCAUUCACGUCUUUGCUGUCAACGUACACGUUUGUUGUUAACAUACAGUGCACACAGUGGGGCUUCGGCGUCAUCCCCGUAAACAUGAACAGAAGACUAAGGAGUAUGAGAAAAACGGCAAGAGCGUCAACAAAAUGUUCGCCAGUUUUGUUCGAGGAUGAAGAAAUGAGCACAUCGUCGCCAGACGAAGUAAGACCGACACACAAGCCAACAACACCUCGAUCUAAGUCUUUGUUAGCCGGUCACAGUACACCAAUUAGAGCUAAGAAAAAGAUUGACGCUUCCGAUUCUCCGGAACUGAAUUAUAACGAGACUAACGAGAGUCCAAUCGAGCCACUGACCCAGCAUCCCCCAAACGAGGUAGGAUGGGAUUAUCAGAGACCGCUCAUGAAGGAGGAUGGAAGUGGAAGUUUGACUUCUCUAGAGAUCAAUAAGACACCCAAAAGGAGUGCCGCUCUUCUAGCCAAGAAGAGAAACUCCAAUUCCCCUCUGCUUCAUAAGCCGUUAAAGAAAAAACUCAUCCAGGAAGAACAGCGAGAGAACUUGGCUGGGUUUAUGGAGGAACUAAGAGCAAUAGAAAUGAAAGCCAAAUUAUUUGGGGAAAUGAAUGUCGAUGAUCGAAAAAUCGAGGAUCACGUGGAAAGUCAAUUGGUUAUUGAUGUGGAUAGUGAAACUUCUGGUGACUCUGAUAUUAAACUACGAGUGUCAGCAGAUGAAUCUAUUGGUAAAAAGCCAAGUCCAACUGUAAAUAAAAAUACAGAUGAAUUCAUGGACGACUCAAUAGAGGAUAUGCUGGUAAUGUGCAGUCAACAGGUUGAAGCAGAGGAAUUCGGAAUUCAAGCUGCACCUAGUGCAAUCCAGUCCUCAACCAGCACUUUAAGAUUUAUUCAGGCACCUCAGGUUUGUAGCACUGGUAGUGAAAAGCCAUUAAAAACGGGGGCAAAAGAAAAUUGUCAGCCACUGAACAAUAACACUAAAGUUAAUGAAUCCUUGGAUAAGAACUCUUCUUCGGGCAAAGGAGAUUCGAAUUCGUUAGAAAUACCUGAUGAUUCAUUUGACGAUUUUAUGGUUGAAUUCGAUGAUAAGGACUUUUGUCAGAAUUCAGAGACUGAAACGGUUAUUAGUAAUGUACAUAAACCUCGUAAAAAUUCCACGCCUGUCGUGACGACUUCAAAAAGCUCUAUUACUCAGAAUAAAUUUUUUCAGCACAAAAAUUCCGUUUGUAUCAAGCAGACCAAGAUUAUUUCCUCAAACUCGAGCUGUAACAUACCAGUAACAUCGAGUGCUUCAAUUCAGAAUAAAGUUGUAAAUACUAACGCAAAUUUUGGAUACUUGAAUCAAAAUUACGUGAAAAAUUACAACAGUUCGGGCUUCAUUUCGCAAACUCAAUCAAGCAACAAUAGUGAUAAUAACAAUGAGACGAGACUUUUUAAAUCAAAAAGUUACUCAGACUCGCAUUUUCUUAAUCAAAGCAAUUCAGUAAAAAAUUCUACUACGAAAUCAGUAAUUACACAAAAACCAGAAAAUAAAAGUCUCGUGGAGCAGUCAAAAUCAUCAAGCAAUUCAGAUGUUAAAAGUUGGAGGAGAGUCCAAUCAAGUUCAUCAUUGAGUGAAUCAAGUGUUAACAAAAAUAGCCAACAAUUAAGCAAUCGUGAAACAAGUAACAGUGAAGGAUCACUGCCACUUUCUACUCCUGCUGAAAUUGAAAGGAAACGACAAGAAGCCAUAAUGAAAAGGGAAGCUAGAUUGCGGAUGAGGCUCAAUAGUGUUACGAUACAGAACAGGCCAAUGUACAAUACAACAAAAAGAUAAAGACGUUAUAAAGAUUUCUAAAAUUAACUUUUUUUUUUUUUAAUCGAGUGAUUGUUAAAACGAUUGUAUUGUAAGUAGUAAGAUUAAUUACGUGUAAAAUGACGGAAACAUGAGUAUAAACGUUGUAAAGCCUACACUGUGUAGGAUUUGUAUUAUAUAUUUAUUGUUUAUAAAGUAAAAAAAAUUUAUAAUUUUUUCU